AUGGCGGCCGCGGACGCAGACCAGCGCUUAGCGCUCAUCAACGAGAACCUCGCCGAGGUACUCAACGAGGAAAUCAUCAAAAAGAUCCUCGACGAGGGGCGGCAUCCCAAGAUUUACUGGGGUACCGCGACAACAGGCCGCCCGCACUGCGGCUACUUCGUCCCCGCCAUCAAGAUCGCCCAGUUCCUCGCCGCCGGCUGCGAUGUGACCAUCCUCCUGGCCGACAUCCACGGCUUUCUUGACAACCUCAAGGCGCCGCUGGAGCUGGUGAUGCACCGCGCCGAGUUCUACCGUCACAUUAUCACGACCAUGUUGCAGGCCGUUGGCGUGUCGACCGAGAAGCUGCGCGUCGUGCUCGGCAGUUCGUACCAAAAGAGCCCCGAGUAUGUCAUGGAUGUCUACAAGAUGGCGUCGCUCAUCUCGGAACACGACGCCAAGAAGGCCGGCGCCGAGAUCGUUAAACAGACAGAUAAUGCGCCGCUGUCGGGCCUGCUGUACCCUAUCCUGCAGGUGCUGGAUGAGCAGUAUCUCGACUGCGACGCCCAAUUCGGUGGUAUGGACCAGCGCAAGCUGUUCACGGCUGCCAAGGAUUGGUUACCCAAGAUUGGCUACCGGGAGCGUGCGCAUUUGCUUAACGCCAUGGUGCCCGGUCUGCACGGUGGCAAGAUGAGCUCGAGUGACCCGGACAGCAAGAUCGACUUGCUGGACUCACCGGAGACGGUGGCUAAGAAGAUCAAGAAGGCGCACGCUGCGCCGCAAGUGGUUGAGGAGAACGGGCUAAUUGCGUUUAUCGAAUAUGUCCUGCUUCCAGCCGCGCGCCUACGUGGGAACGGGGAGUUCCGCGUUGAGCGCGAGAGGGACGGGCUGGAGACGCUCGUGUACAAGGAUGCGGACAAGAUUCGGGAGGAUUACAAGAACGAUGUGUUGACACCACAACUCCUUAAACCCGCUGUCACCAGGGACCUGAAUCUACUCUUAGCCCCUAUUCAGGAGGCCUUCAAUGCUUCCAAGGAGUGGCAAGAAAUUGGCGAGAAGGCCUACCCACCACCGCCCAAGAAGGAGAAGAAGGUCAAGAACAAGGGGACUCGCUACCCCGGAGGAGCGCCGCCAGCAAAGGGAGCUGAGGAGGAACUCCCAGUACGGCCGAGCGAAGGGACGCCGAAUUGA